AUGGCGGUCCGAGCACAGUUUGAGAAUAGCAAUGAAGUCGGAGUUUUUUCAACCCUCACGAAUUCAUAUGCGCUGGUGGCUGUUGGCGCGAGCGAGAACUUCUACAGUGUGUUUGAGGCUGAGCUGGCAGAUGUGAUUCCGAUUACGCAUUGCACGAUUGCGGGGACGAGGAUUAUUGGACGGUUGACUGCUGGGAACAAGAAAGGUCUAUUAGUACCAACCAGCACAACGGACCAAGAACUACAGCAUCUGAGGAAUAGUUUACCGGACGGUGUCAAGAUACAGAGAAUAGAAGAACGCCUCUCAGCACUCGGCAACGUAAUCGUAUCCAACGACCACGUCGCGCUCGUGCACCCCGACCUGGAGCGCGAAACCGAAGAGAUCAUCGCCGACGUGCUAGGCGUCGAAGUCUUCCGCCAGACCAUCGCGGAUAACGUGCUCGUAGGCUCAUACAUGGCACUCUCGAACCAAGGCGGCAUCGUGCAUCCCAAGACCAGCAUCCAGGACCAGGACGAGCUGAGUAGUCUGCUGCAGGUGCCCUUGGUAGCCGGUAGUGUGAAUCGCGGCAGUAGUGUGGUGGGCGCGGGCAUGGUGGUCAAUGAUUGGCUGGCGGUGACGGGGCUGGAUACGACGGCGACGGAGUUGAGUGUUGUGGAGAGCGUGUUUAGGCUUGGGGAGGGGCAAGGCGCGGGGGCAAUUAAUACGACGCAUAAGGAUACUAUGGUUGAGUCGUUUUAUUGA